UAUAUCUCUCUAUCUCUGGGAAGAUCUUCAUUGCUCUUUCAUCCAUCUCUUCUAUCUUUUCCAUCUCAUGUGGAGGUCUGUUGCAUCAAGAACCAGAUCCAAGAAUACAAUUGAUCACCACUCGAAGCUGACGACCACCCUAUCAUCACUCGAAACACAAAACACACACCUGAAAAAUAGCAACCACGUCACACCCUCGCCGCACACAUCAGAGCAAGCAACAAAGCCGAGAGAAAGAAGGCAAGAUGCCUCUCGCCUCUCAUCCUCCACCACCACCACCGCCAUCAUCUUCAUCUUCUUCUUCCCUCCGCUACAAAGCUGAUGAACACAAACACACUCCGGAGAUGUUGACACACCUUCCCACCGACCCAAGAACUACUGCUAGUCGUAGUACUACUACUACUAGUACUAGCACUACUCCUACAGCGACAGCGACAGCAACUCCGACUCCGACUCACCAGCAACGAGUCUACCCCGCGAUGACAACAACUACCAAGAGCAGCAACAGCAGCAGCACAGGUCCCACUGACCAACCUCACCACCACAGCCCCCGAAGAAAGAGGAACAGCAACAGCAACAGCAACAGCAGUACAGCCCCAUACCCAAUCACCAUUCCUCCGCGCCAUCGCGAACUCUCGUUGACGGAUAGUGAGAUCAGUAUUCUGGAUUUAGGGCCUAGUUUGUUAGUGCUGGGGGAGGGAGAAGGGAAGGGAGAAGUGGUUGGUGAUGAGGGAUCAGUGGGUUUUGCGCAUGAGCAUGGACAUGGCCAUGGUCUUACGUCCUGGAAGGGCUUCUUAGCUUCCGGGGAUAUCCCCGGGAUUGCUUCUGGGUAUGCUGGGUUCCGGGGAGUCAGCGGUGGUACUGAGGUUGAUCAUGCUGGGAGAGGGAAGGGAAUGGGGAAGGGGAGGAUGGUUGCUUAUUCUUCUGCUGCUGCAGAGGAACAGGAUCUGUCGAGAAGCCAUGCUCGUCCUCUUCCUUACCCUGGUGGUGGGGGCACGGUGGUGGUUAAUGGUGAUCGUGAUGGUGCUGGAGACUGUAUCUCGCCAUUGGAGCGUUGGUCAAUGAUUGCUACGCCUCGGGGGUUGGGGUCACGGGUUAUUGGGUUGCGGUGAUAGAUGGAUCGAUUUGCCUCGUGGAAAGGGCGCUGGAGUUGUCUAAAUGUCUCUUCAUGGUGCUGAGGUCUAAGGAUUGGUUUAUGGCAUGUGGCGUGAUGAUGCUGGAUAGAGGUGAUUGAUUGAUUGAUUGUACUGUACUGUACUUAACCUAUUCCUGCUGUUGCGUGUCUGUACUAUGUUGCAUGGAUGCAGGAUAGAGUGAGUUCCUUGCUUGGUGUUGUCACUGCUGAUGGUUUGGUGGUGAGUUUGGUGUAGGAUGUCGCCGUAGCGGUCAAUGGUGCUUGC